AUGCAAGCUAAACAACAAUUGUAUUAUUUUGUAGAUAUUCAGGAACAUAAUUAUGAUUUAAAAGUUUUAGCAAGUACAUACUUUCCUCACAGCAAUAUUAACGUGAGGAAUAUUCAUCAGAGUUAUGGAGUCAAGAAACGACAAGUUGAAAUGUUAAAACAAUAUGGAGGAAACAAUUAUAUAGAACCUCCUGUGGAAUCGUCGUUUCUCUGCUUUAAGAACAAGCUUAAUCCGAGGGAUAAGUUUUUAAAAACCUUCCUCGAUGCCCUCCCUCAGGAACAUCCAGUUAUUAGAGAUGGAAAGUUGGAAAUCAUUCCCACAAGGGACAUUGUCUAUGGUGAUAUUAUCAUGUUGGAGGAAGGAAACAUAUGCCCAGCCGAUUGCCGAUUUUUGUGGAUUGAUAAGGAGAAGGAGCUCCUUGUUGACAUUACUUCAAUUAAGGGAAAGCAGUUUCCUCCUGUACAUGCCUCUCUCUUUGCAACUGAUUCUCUCCCAUUGAAAACUCAAAAUUUAAUCUUCUCAGGAUGUAAAGUAUUACAAGGAAAGGCAAUUGCCUUGGUGAUUGCAGUUGGAUCUAGGUGUGUACAGGUGAGAUUAAUUGAUUACUUGUUGAAAGAGGCUGCUAUGGCGGAAGGGAAAACAAUUCCAGAGGAACCAAAUGAAAACACAGCAGUUCCACUCAGUACAAGGGCUAGGUCACACAGUAUGCAAUAUACAGCUGGUGGUCGGUCGAGUACAGAUAGUAAGAGCAGUAAGGGUGACAGUUUGACAGAGAAAAAGCCACGACAAAUUAAUAGAGCUGCAUCACUAUUCAAAGCUAAACAAAGCUCACCUGUUAAAACAUAUAAUCGAAAGUACUCUCUCACUAAGUCUUCUCCGUCCUCUUCACCACCAACGUUUGUGUAA